UUUGUUUGUUUAUUUGUUUGUUUUUAAUUCAAUAGAUUGGUUGCUUGCCUAAACUGGAUUUGAAGCAAUUCAAACUACUGGAGAUCUGCUAUUUUACAAUAUCACAAUUGGAAAGAAGCAGCUUUUCAAAUAAUGGAAGAGUCUAAGACCUCUAAAAAUGAAAAUCAUGAACCAAAGAAGAAUGCUUGGGCUCUUUCUGAAGAAAGCAAAACAGUUAAAGUUAUAACUAAUCAAACUUUGAAAGCCAGAAAUGAUAAAUCCAUAAAAGAAAUUGGGAUCAGCUCCCCAAAUAGGAAUAGUAGUAAAAAAAAUAAGCAAAAUGAUAUUUGUAUAGAAAAAACAGAAGUUAAAUCAUGUAAAGUAAAUGUUGCCAAUAUUGCAGGCUCCAAAGAUUUGGGGUUAGUCCUUCGAGAUCAAAGUCAUUGCAAAGCAAAAAAGUCACCUAAUUCACCUGUGAGAACUGAAAAGGUACCUGUUUCACAGGCAAAAGUAGAAAAAGCAUCCAGUUUACAGGCAAAAGCAGAAAAAUUGACAAAGUCACCUAAUUCACCAGUGAAAACAGAAAAGGCACCCAGUUCACAGGCAGCAAUAGCAGAAAAGGCACUUAGUUCACAGAAGAAAGAAAAAGCACCCAGUUCUCAGAUGAAAUCAGAAAAAGUUCCCAGCUCACCAGCAGAAGCAGAGAAGGUGCCCAGCUCACUGUUGAAAGAAAACAUAAGGCAGACAGAAUUACAGCAGAUUGGAAAAAAAAAUCCAAGCUCUUGUACUUCUCUUGACAAGGUGAAUAUUGAUGUAGAGGGAGAAAAAUCUGCUCCAGAAAACUCACCACGAUCUCAGAAGCAACAAACAUCUACAGAUAAUACUGGUGAUUCUGAUGAUAGUGCGUCAGGAAUUGAAGACAUAUCGGAUGAUUUGAGUAAAAUGAAGAAUGAUGAAUCUAAUAAAGAAACUUCUUCAGAGAUGGACUAUUUAGAAAAUGCCACUGUGAUAGAUGAAUCUACAUUGACACCGGAGCAGAGGCUAGGCUUGAAACAAGCAGAAGAACGCUUAGAAAGAGAUCACAUCUUUCGACUUGAAAAACGCUCACCAGAAUAUACCAAUUGCCGGUAUCUAUGCAAACUUUGCUUAAUUCAUAUUGAAAAUAUCCAGGGAGCUCAUAAACAUAUAAAAGAGAAACGACAUAAGAAAAACAUUUUGGAAAAACAGGAAGAAAGUGAGCUUCGUUCUCUGCCACCUCCUUCUCCUGCCCACUUGGCAGCUUUAAGUGUUGCAGUUACUGAAUUAGCAAAAGAACAAGGAAUAACAGAUGAUGACCUCAGAGUUCGUCAGGAGGUUGUGGAGGAAAUGUCAAAGGUUAUAACAACAUUUUUACCAGAGUGUUCACUUAGGUUGUAUGGCUCAUCUCUGACUAAGUUUGCUCUGAAAAGUAGUGAUGUUAAUAUAGAUAUAAAAUUUCCUCCCAAGAUGAACCAUCCAGAUCUUCUGAUACAAGUGCUUGGGAUUUUAAAAAAAAGUGUAUUAUAUGUAGAUGUGGAAUCUGAUUUUCACGCUAAAGUUCCUGUUGUGGUGUGCAAAGAUCGGAAAAGUGGCUUACUUUGUAGAGUGAGUGCAGGAAAUGAUAUGGCAUGCCUCACUACUGAUUUACUUGCUGCUAUUGGCAAAAUGGAACCUGUCUUUAUUCCCUUGGCGUUAGCCUUUCGUUAUUGGGCUAAGUUGUGCUAUAUUGAUUCUCAAACUGAUGGUGGAAUUCCUUCUUAUUGUUUUGCUUUAAUGGUGAUGUUUUUUCUACAACAAAGAAAACCCCCUCUUCUUCCUUGUUUACUUGGAAGUUGGAUUGAAGGCUUUGACUCAAAAAGAAUGGAUGACUUUCAGCUGAAGGGCAUAAUAGAAGAGAAGUUUGUGAAGUGGGAACAUAAUUCAAGUAGUGCAACUGAGAAAAACUCAAUUGCUGAGGAAAACAAAGCUAAGGCAGACCAACCAAAAGCUGAUACCAAGAAGACAGAAAAAGACAACCAAAGUAAUGCCAUAAAGGGAAAACAUGGCAAAUCUCCUUUAACAUUGGAAACACCAAAUCAGGUAUCCCUGGGACAGUUAUGGUUAGAGCUGCUAAAAUUUUACACACUGGAUUUUGCUUUGGAGGAAUAUGUCAUAUGUGUACGGAUAAAAGAUAUUUUAACAAGAGAAAACAAAAACUGGCCUAAAAGGCGAAUAGCCAUUGAAGAUCCAUUUUCAGUCAAGAGGAACGUUGCACGGAGCUUAAACAGCCAGCUUGUUUAUGAAUAUGUUGUGGAGAGAUUCAGGGCAGCUUAUCGGUAUUUUGCCUGUCCUCAGAGGAAAGAUGCAGAUAAAUCUACAGUGGAUUCCACGAAAAAAGAAAAAGGGAAAAUAAGCAAUAAGAAACCAGUGAAGACUGACAAUAAGACAUCUAAUUGUUGCAUUCAACUUGGGAAAAGCACAGAAAAAAUAAAUGCAGAAAGAGGUCAGCCUGGUAAAUAUGAUGAAAUGAAAUGUACAUCACGGAGAUGUAUUACUGAAGAUGACAAUUUGUUGGUAACUGAACUAGUUUUGGCUGAACAUGGACAGGAAUCUUCAUCUCUUUCUACCAGUGAAGGCAGAGAAUUAGAGCCAGAAUCAAUUAAGAAACAAGAUGAUUUAGUUCCUUCAGAAACUUGUUUAAAAAAGGAUCUCAGCCAAUGUUAUUGCAUUGAUUGUAAAUCCUCUGACCUAAAUGAGUCUGUUGGUACAGACUGCAGGUCAAAUUUAGAAUCAGAGAGUUCACAUCAGAGUAUGUGCACCGACACAUCAGCUACCUCUUGCAACUGCAAAGCUACAGAAGAUGCUUCUGACCUUGAUGAUGAUAACCACCCCACCCAGGAGUUACAUUAUGUGUUUGAUAAGUUUAUUUUAACCUCUGGCAAGCCACCAACGAUAGUAUGCAGCAUCUGCAAAAAGGAUGGCCAUUCAAAAAAUGAUUGCCCAGAGGAUUUCAGGAAAAUUGACCUAAAACCUCUGCCACCAAUGACAAAUCGAUUUCGGGAAAUACUUGAUUUAGUAUGUAAAAGAUGUUUUGAUGAAUUGUCACCACCUUUCUCUGAACAACACAAUAGGGAACAAAUUUUAAUGGGCUUGGAAAAGUUUAUUCAAAAAGAAUAUGAUGAAAAGGCAAGAUUGUGCUUAUUUGGCUCUUCUAAGAAUGGAUUUGGAUUUCGUGAUAGUGAUCUGGAUAUUUGUAUGACCCUAGAAGGCCACGAAAAUGCAGAGAAAUUAAAUUGUAAGGAAAUAAUAGAAAAUUUGGCAAAAAUUCUUAAGAGACAUCCAGGUUUAAGAAAUAUUUUGCCUAUAACUACUGCCAAAGUGCCUAUAGUAAAAUUCGAACACAGACGAAGUGGUUUAGAAGGUGACAUCAGUUUGUAUAAUACAUUGGCUCAACAUAACACAAGAAUGCUAGCUACUUAUGCAGCUAUUGAUCCUAGAGUGCAGUACUUGGGAUAUACUAUGAAAGUGUUUGCUAAGCGAUGUGAUAUUGGAGAUGCUUCCAGGGGAAGUUUGUCUUCAUAUGCUUAUAUCCUUAUGGUGCUGUACUUUCUGCAGCAGAGAAAACCACCUGUUAUCCCAGUUCUACAAGAGAUCUUUGAUGGAAAACAGAUUCCACAGAGAAUGGUUGAUGGAUGGAAUGCUUUUUUCUUUGAUAAAACAGAAGAACUGAAAAAACGUUUACCUUCACUUGGAAAGAAUACAGAAACAUUAGGAGAGCUUUGGUUGGGACUGCUUCGCUUCUAUACUGAAGAGUUUGAUUUCAAGGAAUAUGUAAUUAGCAUUCGGCAGAAAAAGCUGUUAACAACUUUUGAAAAGCAGUGGACGUCCAAAUGCAUUGCAAUCGAAGAUCCUUUUGACUUGAAUCAUAAUCUUGGUGCUGGAGUUUCUAGAAAAAUGACCAAUUUCAUCAUGAAGGCAUUUAUCAAUGGAAGGAAACUUUUUGGUACUCCCUUUUAUCCACUCAUUGGCAGAGAAGCUGAGUACUUCUUUGAUUCCAGAGUAUUAACAGAUGGAGAACUGGCUCCCAAUGAUCGAUGUUGCCGUGUUUGUGGAAAAAUAGGCCACUACAUGAAAGACUGUCCUAAAAGGAGAAGUUUACUGUUUAGAGUAAAGAAGAAAGAUAGUGAAGAAGAGAAGGAAGGGAAUGAAGAAGAGAAAGACUCUCGAGACCUGGACCCUCGAGACCUCCAUGAAACUCGAGACUUCAGAGAACCACGAGACCUCAGAUGUUUCAUAUGUGGAGAUGCGGGACAUGUAAGAAGGGAGUGCCCAGAGGUCAAGCUGGCCCGUCAGAGGAAUAGCAGUGUGGCAGCAGCCCAGCUGGUUCGCAACCUUGUAAAUGCCCAACAAGUGGCUAAUUCAUCCCAGCAACAGGGUGAUCAAUCCAUAAGGACUAGACAGUCCUCAGAAUGUGCUUCAUCCCAGCCAGGAUCCCAACCCAAACUUGGCCCACCUCAGCAGGGAGCCCAGCCCCCCCAUCAGGUCCAGAUGCCUAUAUAUAACUUUCCCCAGUCACCACCAGCUCAGUAUUCUCCCAUGCACAAUAUGGGAUUGUUGCCAAUGCAUCCCCUCCAGAUCCCUGCCCCAUCCUGGCCUAUCCAUGGCCCAGUGCUCCACUCUGCACCAGGCAGUGCCCCCAGCAAUAUUGGCCUGAACGAUCCCAGCAUCAUCUUCGCACAGCCUGCUGCCAGACCUGUGGCAAUCCCGAACUCCUCUCAUGAUGGACACUGGCCUCGUACUGUGGCUCCAAAUUCCCUGGUGAACAAUGGUGCAGUGGGGAAUUCGGAACCAGGCUUUCCAGGACUAAAUCCUCCAAUUCCUUGGGAACAUGCACCACGCCCCCAUUUUCCUCUUGUCCCAGCUUCGUGGCCUUAUGGUUUGCAUCAAAACUUCAUGCAUCAGGGAAAUGCCAGAUUUCAGCCCAACAAACCUUUCUAUACUCAAGACAGAUGUGCCACCCGUCGGUGUAGAGAGCGUUGUCCCCACCCACCAAGAGGAAACGUGUCGGAGUAAUGCGAGUCCAUUUUCUUUCAGCUGGUCUACCGAUGCACAGCAACCAGCCAAUCCUGCUGUCUCAAGGGUAUCCGUACCUCAAUGUCAGUUACAUUCAGCAGAAAAAGUGACAUUUAAUGGAAAGCAAAACAAAUCAGGUCCUGAUUUAAAAUUUUAACACGUUUAGAUAGCUUAUUUAAAUUCUAAGACUGUUUUUAAGAACUGUAUUAUUUGUAUAUAAAUAUGAACUAUAGUUUUUACUAGUAUCACCAAAUUGAGUGAUACAAAUUUCAUCUAUUUUAUUACCCUAUUUUUAAGGGAAU